AGUUGAGAUUCCGUUGGCGGUGGUUGAGCCCUUAUGUGAGACAAUUCCAAGAGUGGCGUUAGUGAGAAUUUCUUGGACACUUCACCCUUAAUCCAUCCUCGCGCGCGGCCGUUGUGUGUUGCUCAAGCAUCAUGAGUGACACAUUUUCCACGUGAAUUGUGCCCCCAAUUGCCAGAGACCGGAAAAUGUGAGCUCGCGUGUGUGACAAUAGGAGUGACAGGAUUGUGCGGACAAAAAAGAGACUGCAUCAAAAAGUUUUGGAGCCUGAUACAAAGGCCUCAAACAGCGACACGGAAAUCAGGCAGGACUCGACAAAACAGACAAUUAAAAUCUCUCACUGGUGAAAAAUCAAUUUGAGUGCAUUUCAGUCCCGAGCACAGUACAAAGUUAUCAACUUUUUCUGCCCACCUGCAUCCCAAUACAGCCAGGCUGUGUGGAAUUGCCUAGACAGGCUCUGUUGUCAACAGAUAGAAGGACACAUUUUCCUAGUGAAUGCGAAUGGGGAAAAUGUGAAAAACUGUGUGUGGCUAUUUUUUCGGACGAACAAUUCCUGUCCACUCCCCCUUUGUCAACCCACCCGCAAUAUUUGACGGUGUUAAAGUGUGAGCACACAAUGAAAGUUGAAUAAAAAUGCACGGAUAUCCGGUAAUGCAAGUGGUUCAAUACAGUGUUCCCCCUUGCUCGUGGGGCCCACCAACGGAUUCACAUCGUCCACAGUCGAUUGCUCCACACUCGGCUGGCAACCGGAAAUACAUAGCAUGGUGUGCCAUUUGUGGCAUCUCAUCAUCCCUCGUGGGCAUGCUUUUCCUCCCUGUGCACUUCACCUUGAGGACGCACACCGCCUCGAUGUCUUACUUUGAAACAAUUCCAACUUUUGUUCCCGCCACGCUGCUCAUGCUGACCGGACUCUGUGUCAUAAGUUUGGCCAAGAGACGUAAUCGCUACAGUUACUUGAUUAAGCUAACCGGAGCCUGUGCCCUGGCUUCAGCUCUCACGUGCGCUUUAGUGACUGUGACAACAACUGUUCUGCACAUGAGUCGCCUGCAAGCACUACGAGAGUGCGAGUAUCAGUCAAAGACUCGGACAUGCACCUGCUAUUCAGUGGUGAUGGACUCUCCGUCUGAGCAAGUGGAUGAUGGAGUCAGAUUCGUCUUCGAAGCAGCCUCAGAUUGUGGCAUCGUUCACGGAUCGAUGUACUCUUGCCUCCGUGCUGUCUUUGGCCUUUCCGUGGCCGGGGUGCUUGUGUCUGUCUUCACGUGCAUGCUGGGCUAUCAGUUGCUGUGCCACGAGCGGAAGAAUAUGUAUUGGGAGCAGCUGGAACUCCGCUGCAGAUCGCUGUACACAGGACAACCGCCUCCGCCUGGAGUUCCUCCGGGGACUGGGCCAUCUAUCAUAGGCACUCCUCGAGGGGGCCCUUGUAGAUGCUGUGAGCAGUGUCACUCCCAUCGUGGAGCCAUGCCGUCUGCCUAUCCUUGGGACGGAGACACCAGAUUCUGGACACCGGGUCAAGCAGGGAAUUUCUACUCGCCCAAUCCUGGUGGGGAUGAACUUGUUGGCGGUGUGAGGAGUCUGGGUCAGCUUCCUGGGCAGAGAAAUCGCGCUCCAGGAGGCUGGAGUUGGCCCCGAAUGCCAUGGCAGAGGACUGAGCCUCAGCGCUUCAGGCAGACCCCAUCCAGUCCGGAUUCUCAGUAUGGUUUCAGCAAUACUCCGGCUGUUGAGGUGAAUCAGAACAAUCCAGCCGCCAAUGGCGGAUACAGCGUAAUUGGAGGACCGCCGUAUGGUGUCUGGGGUCCACCGCCACCGUACAGUGACCCGAAUAGUCCCGCCAGAAGAGGCCGGUAUCAGUACAUACAUCCCAGUGCUUGUCAGCAGGUCAUGGAGCCUCAGCAGCAACCUAAUUUGGCUAUUCUUGAGUGUCACCAGCACAGCUCCUCGACGGACAGUCACUCAAUGGAGCCCUUCUGUCCACAACAGCAAGCCCACCGGAAUUUACUGAAGCGUCAAACUCAGGCGACGGCCUUCAAAACCAAGGAUAACUAUGAGAAUACCCCUUCUGAUAGCGACGGGCCGCGGGAUAGGUUCUCAAACACCCUGCCAGUGAGAAAAACCAAGAAGAGAGUGGAGAUGGGCGCAAAGAGCAUCGGGCCUAAUCAACCUGUGAGUAGGAUUAAUGUACAAAAUGUCUUCAGCGGACCAUCACCGGACCUAAUGCAUCCCACUGAGAAUGAGUAUCACGAACCAGGAGCUUCCACAUCGACAGGCGAUGGAGGACAAAUGCCUAACACGAGUCACGCCAAGACGCGAAGAAUCAAAACAGGGGUCGAGAAUUCUGGCUUCCAAACACAAGUGGAUCCACAAAUGGUGGAGCAACUUGAUGUUGGUGUCAGUGGGAAUGGCAUGAAAGCGCUGGAACCGACGGAAUCUGAGGUGUACUUUGCCGAUGUGAGUAGUUGCUGCAAUAUAUCAGUUAAGAAUGAUAACUACUAUGAAGAAGCAAGCCAGAGGCGAAAGGAGUUAAAGGAGGCUAAAGAGGAUGCUGAAGAUUAUCUGGUGCAGAGGUUCGGAAAGCGAGAGACUAGCAUUCGCAGUCGACUGCCCUUCCCACAAAUGAUACCUGAAGACUACGUGGAGAAGCGCAUGGUAGUUCCGGCGCCUAGGCCUUCACUCAUGCACAAGGACAUGUCCAGGCAGAGCAUGUGCUCGGCAGACUCGGGAGAAAAGACUGACUUCACUGAUCUCUCUCCAGCCACGCCGGGCACGAGCACUGGAACGUACAGGGACUUCACUGAGUCUUCCACGACCAACUUCGUGGCCUCCUUCCCGUACUCAUCCAACGAGCAGAGCCAGGAGGCACACCGAAGAUCCACGAAAAAUCUCCAGCAGGACGUUUUCCUUGCGCCCGACGCCCAGUACGAAGUGAUCAAGGAGAGCAAUCAGUUUGAAAAUACUCCACUCACACUUGGCUACGAACACAUCCACCCGGACAUGGGCAAUUACUCCAAGCAGCCACACUUCCACAAGCCAAAAUCUCCUAAGAAUCUCAACAUAACGCCCAUCAAGAGACAGAAUAUCGGCACCAACAUCAGUGCGAUCAUCCAAAAUCUGGGCGGGAGUGACGUGGGGCUUCUGUAUCCGGACAAUCGCAGGGAAUCGGAUCUCCUGGAGGUAGUUGGCGGAGCCGAUAUGCAGCCCGGCAUCAUCGGCAAGUCUGAUAAUGACUGGGUGUCUGAUCUCAGCGAUCGUCGAUUGUGAAAAGAGAUCUUCGUGUGAGCAACCCACUAAGCUAGGCAUUAGUAGAUAAUGAUGAAUUUACUGAAAUGUAGGUAGUAAAUGUGAAUUUUAUCACAAAACUCUUCCCUCCCCCUAAAUUGUGUACAGUGAAUUGAGAUUUACUCUUGUUUGUUGACAUCAUUUAAAAAAAAAUCACUCUAUAUAUGUUCUGUUACUUAAUGCUUCUCCCCAAUUCAGCGAUAAUUUCACCAAUCGGACGGACUCCGCAGCAAAACCCAUUCAUUUCCCCACCUCCCAUCGGGAAAUGGGUGGAAAAUCAAUGGGGAAAUCUGCCGUGAGGACAAAAAAGCAUUCCCGAGGGACAAUAAUAAAUUAACCAUUGAAAUAGGUGAAGUUUCAGGAGAGAGCAAAAAAAAUCCAUUAGAGUAUUUUUGUAGUUAAAAGGAGACGGCGAAUAGCAGAGGAGAAAGAAUAUGAAAUGAAAAUUGUGUUUGUUACCUCAAAUUGGUCGUUUUGUUCAUCAGAAUUGUGAGUUGAACUCUGACAUACAAUUGUCUAUUGUCUACUUUUGCACUUCUGACGAAUAUACAAGGUAGAAUGAUGUUUUUCAUGUGGAUUUUCAUCAUACAACCGUUAUGCAUGUUCUCUAAAUGAGAAAAACAUAAGGAAAAAAUUUGCAUCCAAUUAAAAAUGCACAUUUAAUGUUUGGGUCGUUUGGAUUAAAUUUUCUGUGCCAGAACGAACAAUUAAUGUUAAAUUUUAAGUGAAUCUAUGUACAUUUCUAUAAAUGCUAUCAAAACAUUUUUAGAGACAAUGUAGACAAUUGAGUCCAACUCGCAUAAGAGAGAAAACCAUUUUAGCAAAGAAACAUCCAAUUUCUCCUGACCGAAAAAUAUUUCUUCCUCUUUUCCUUUUCAUGUACAUAAAACAAGCAUACACAGAGCAAAAAAAAUAGUAGAAAUAAUUGAAUGUAUACUGGAAAACAGCAGAGAAUAAAAAUACAAAUAGUGAA